UCAUUAUUAUGAGAAAGCAAAGGAGGAGUUCUUGAUAAGACAAUUGGUGACAUCUUUAAUUAAGGGAAUUAUAAAAAUAUGCUACAUAUUCUCUACCAAGCACAAUGUUUAAAUUGGAGUCCUACAUAACACCAGUGAUUCUCAGCUAUGUAGAAAAAUAUGUAAAAAAUUUUAAGCCGGAACAGUCACAGGUAUCUUUGUGGGGUGGAGAUGCAUCGUUUCAGAAUUUGGAUCUACGAUUAGAGGUAUUGGAGGAGCAACUGAAUCUUCCAUUCGUCUUUGUUAGUGGCCAUAUACACGAAUUGUUAAUACAUGUUCCUUGGGUAAAAAUUACGUCUGAACCAAUAGUUGUUACCAUUAAUACUAUAGAGUGCAUUUUAAAAUUAAAAGAUGAAAAUAUCACAGAAACCAAUACAACGUCAUUACAAAAGAAGAAGGAGAUGGUACAAGAGGAAGCUCCACCUGGGUAUAUAAAGAGUAUAGUUACGAAAGUUAUUAAUAAUAUCACCAUUCAUUGCAACAAUCUCAUCUUAAAAUAUGUAGAAGAGGAUAUUGUUCUUAGCAUAAAUGUCAGAUUUUUAAGUAUGCAAACCGUCGACAAUAAAUGGGAACCAGCGUUUGCCGAGGUCAACACUCAAGAAGUAAUGCUUAGAAAAGUUAUUACUAUUCAAGACUUGACAUUGUGCUUAGAUAAAAUGGAUGCAUCAGGAAAGAUAGAGAUAUAUCAGGAUCCUGUUUUGUAUCGAUGUUCAAUGACAAUCCGAAUGAUUAUAAAUUAUCAUAACAACACUUUAAAGAGAGCAUCUAUUACGAGACUUGAUCUUCAUUGUGAGAAAAUGGAAUUUAGCAUGACUGAACAACAAGUACCAAUGCUCCUAAGAUUGAUUGCCUUAAUAAUGGCGUUACAAACAAAGCAAUUUCCACCAAUAAAAGAAAAAUCCUCCAUUAUUGUGGAUGAGAGAGAAGAUGUUGCACAAGAUGAUACAAAUCAGGUAGCAGGGACUUCCACAGAUGCAGUUGGAUGGGGUGGUUGGGCUUGGGAUAUAGUAUCAUCUGUUCUACCUGUUGACUGGGACAAUAAUUGGUCUGCUGAGCAACAAAUGGCAUAUUCUGGUCAUACCGUACAUUUAGGUGUUUAUAUAGAUGAUGCUACUUUAACAUUUAAGACUGUUGAAAGUGUCAAAGAGCAAUUAUUUUAUAAAUCUCGAAAACUUAGGUACAAAUCCUUUUUAUCACUUCGAUUGAACGGGGUUGUGAUAGAUACUUUAAUUCAAGGAAUAACAAUGACAACUUUCCAAGUUGGAGUAGCGUGCGUACAACUUUAUCCACGAGGAACGUGCAGCUGUGGACAUAUAGAAGUUGCUGACGGUGUACAGCCACCUCUUUACGUAACAGCUGGGAACUUGAAUACUGACCACUUAAAAGAUUCAUUGUUCGACAAAGAAGCCACGGAAAAUAAAGGGAAAAAAAGAGAUUAUAAACAAGGAAUAGAUCAUCAUUUGACGACAAUUUCGGUUGACAAAUUAUUAGAAAGAUGUCCAGCGUUUGUGAUGGAUUAUGUUUAUUAUGUAGAAUUACCUGACGACAUAACGCCUGAAAAAUUACUCGAAUUUGGUUCAAAUUUUGAAUACAGCAAUUUUCAGGAACGCAGAGUAAUAAGAUAUGUAACUGGAGAUCUAACAAUUAGAUUAUGUUCCGGUAUUUUUCAUCGUAUUGAUACUAUCAAACAAGCUGCCGCAAAAUACGAUUAUAAUCCUUAUCUUGUAAUGAAACCAGAUCCUCUUAUCGAUGAAUUGCCUCUUGUUACAUUAGAAGAAUAUGAAGCACUUAGGGAAAAUGUAUCAAUGACAGAAACAAAAUUUGUAUUAAAAAAGGCGUUACUACAGCUACAAUUAGCAGAUCAUUGUGUCAUUGGAGUGCCACGACAACGUAAAAUUAUCGAAACGCGAACAUGUCUUACACCAUUACCUCCAGCUCUAACAGAUGAUCCUUUUGUAAGCAUUGAAUGCGAUGAAGCAAUUGCCACUAUAGUACAGCCUAUGUAUCCGUUUAGACUCAUAGCUUGUGCGUCAAAAUUAACAGAACUGUCACCAGAAAUGUUUAUUCAGUGCCAUGCGGUUACUGAUAUACAAGUGAUUGGAGUGAAAAGUCAACUUCACUUAACGAAAACUUGCGACACUUCAAUAGUAAUGCCUUACUCAGUGAAAGCUUCUUCAAAAAUAUUAUUGUAUCCUCAGUAUUGGCGAGAUAUAGAUAUGAUUCAAAAGUCAUAUUCCUUUCAAUCAGAUAGUGUUACUAUUACGGGAACUAAAGCAAAAUUAAUAGCUGCUGUGGCUAUAAUGACUUCCGUUUUUAAUCCUGCAGAUACAACGAAUCCACUUAUCUGUUCUACUCUCUUUAAUGAUGCGUGUCAAGAGAAAUGUCCAGUAUACUUAGAGUUAUGCUUAGAAAAUAUAAAUUGCAAGAAUGUAUCGUCUUCAGUUACGAUAUCAAACGAAGUCAAUAUAAGUUCUAUAAAAAUAUUUGCGUUCAAUGAUUCUCAACAAGCCUUUAUUCUUUCUGGUCCAGAAAAUUAUGAUAGCAGUGAUGCAGGAAAUGUACCACUGUUGUCUAUUGUGGUACAGUUUCCUAAAAGUAUUGAAACGCAAACACACCCAUCUCUUGUUUCGUUUAAAAUUUCUGAAAUUAGAACAUCCCUAGAUCCACUUUUUUUUGAAUGGUUGGAAUAUUGUGCCAUUUAUCACAAAUCGGGAAAUGUAUAUGUAUUGCGUUCAGACAGCCAACAAUUAAUUACUGAAGGAACAUCAUCUGAUACAGGCACGCGAAAAAAGACAUUUACGAGUCUACAUGAAAGCGUGCAUAGUUCAUCGGACAAAGAGAAAAAAAGAUCAGCCGUAACAGAAAAAUCGAAAACAUUGCGAAAUGAUGAAAUACAAAAGAAAAGUGAAUUUAAAAUGGAAGGAGAACAACAGAAAUCGGGGAUACUGGUCAGAUUAGCAGAGUCGUAUUCGUGGUGGUGCAAUCUUGUGCUGAAUGGUUAUAUAGGACAUAUUAUAAUAUAUAUUCCAUCUGAUACAAUGAGUGGUAUCGGAGCUGAUGGCAUAGAACAAGCCAAAGAUAGAGCUUUCAUAGAAAAUCAAGAUCUACAAAUAAUGAUAAUAAAACUACCGAGUCUUCUCGUACAUUCAUCUAAUCUGAAUACUGAGAUGUUGAGUCCAUAUCUACAAAAUCUCCCUGCUAAAUUACCAGAAUCUAUAUGGACAUAUCAAAUGCAAAGUUUUCCAUGGACAUUGAGUCUUAUCGAUUUUCAUUGUUACACAUUGCAACAACAGACACAAAAGAACUUUAUAAAGAAAGUUACAUUAAAUGCUACAGUAGCUCUUACAACUAAGACAGCUGCGACUGAAUUAAAUACACUUACUGCUCUAAGUGUUUGUGUACACAUUGAUAAUUCACCUAUCAUUAUUUCAUUUUCGGAAGAUCAGGUUAUUUUUAUGAGCAGUAUAGUUUUAAAUAUCAUAAAAAUAUUACAAACUUUAUGCGAUUCCCGGAAAGACAACGUAAUUGUACCACAGAGCAACGAAAUGCAAAUUGUUCUUCCUGCUAUACCUCAAACUCCGUCCACUCCGACUCAAAUAAUGUAUCAAGAAGAUACUACUAAUUCAACUAUGUCUACAUCAAAAGAUGAUUUAGGACAUGAAAAAGAUGGUUUAGUUGUAACAGCAUGGAUUCAGUGGACUAUAACAAAGAUAGCAAUUAAAUUAUACAUUAUGGGACGAGAAGACACGCCUUCUUUAAAAUUAAUGUUAGAACUGGAAGAUAUUAUAACAUCAUUAGAUUUGCAAUCGGUUUAUAUGCAGUUAAAAAAUAAAAUCACAACAGCCACGAUAUUUCACUAUGUUAGAGGUCCACAUGCAUUAAAUUGGGAUGUUGGUGAAUAUGCUGGGCUGGUACUCUGCGGAAGGGAAGAUAAUUUGGAGAAAGGCGAUGAUUCCGGUUUUGUAAGUUUCACACUUACUCGUGCGAAAUCCGGAAAUGUAUACACACGUUGGGGUACUCACAAGCGAUACAAGCCUCAAAAGAAAGAAAUACUGCUUGACUCUACGUUAUCUACGAACGGCUACAUUUCUGAAAUACUUAUCAAAAUGCAAAUGGUCGAUAUAAUCUUACCAAUAAGUGUAAUUAGCAAAUAUGCUCAAUUGAUGAAACCUUUUACGUGCCUUGGUUCAUCUAUUCAGAAAAGCACAGAAUCUAUUCGUAAUAAAAACAUGACAACACCAUUAGUUGGUAUAACCAACUUAAAUAAUGAAUUAUUGCCAUUGAUACAUUUGGAAUUCAAAGGUUUUCGUCUCAUGAUGCCAGCUUUCACUGAUACGAAUAAGUUACAACAUGAUUUAUUAAUGCUUCAGUUGGACGGGAUUCGUAUUACGCCAGAUGCAGAAAAUCCAAUUUGUAGAAUUCCAUUGCGAACUGAUAUAUAUCAAUUGGCUGCUCGAGCAAAUAUAUUAAACGUACCAGGUUCGGCUGUAGAAGAUCGUCAAUAUCAAAUUAGUGUUAAAGGAGUGUGUGCAUAUACUACUACAUGGAAGAAUUAUCAACUAAGCAUUAAUAAGAGAAUGUCUCAAUCGUACUUAUAUACAAUGAACGAGAAUCCAGCAUUGGAGUGGAAUAAGCUCGGGAAUGGUAGUAGUCUAGAUCCAUACUUUUCAACAUCUUCAGUAUUAACAAAAUUUGAUCUUUGCUUAAUUAUUGCCCCAGCUGUCACAUUUAAAGGAGAUACAAUAGUUUGUGGGAGUGCCGUUGAAGUAAAUUGUAUUACAGACAUAGAAUUGACAAUAAAUUUAGAUCAAAUUAAGUUAAUAUCGACACUCAACAAUGAAUUUAUAACGUUACUAUCUGGAAGUUUUGAAAAAAUAGAUGAUAAAAAUAGUUCUAAUAAUAUAGCUCAAAGACUUCCUUCAGGAUCUCAAAGCAUUAAGCCUAUUAGCUGGUUGAAACAAACAUCAGAUGAUUCAGAUAUUGAUUUCACAAAAGACAGUGGUGUCGAUUUUGAAAUGUCCAGCAUGCAUUCAACAAUAAUUGGAAGACCCACAGCUGAAAUUAUGAUACUUCCACCGUUUGAAUUUUUAGUAAAUUGUGGAAAAAUAACAUUUAUCCUGUAUGAAGUCCAGAGUACGUUUGUUGAUUUAAAGGAUAAUGUAGAUAUACACAAAACUGAUGGUGAAGACGAUAAUAAUAAUAUAAAACAGCCAUUACUUUAUCUAAUGAUCAAUCAACCAAAUAUUUAUUUCUCUCAGCAACAUUUAUCUAAAAAAAUACAAAUAUCUUGUUUCGAUAUAACAACAGCGCUUGGCAAUGUACAAAAUCUAAACGCAAUACCGACCGAAAAAGAUUUCAAAAUUUAUAUGAUAGAAACAAAGCAUGGUGAUCCACAUCCGGAUACGGGUAUCCCGCCUUCUUUUGUGACAGUAAAAUCUGAAAUUAUUUUAGGCAAAAACCGUCAGUUUUUCAUUGAAAUGGGACGACCGACAAAAGUACAUCUUUCUUUAUCUCGGCUCAACCAACUCUAUGAUAUACGGAAUAAGCUAUUAUUGUGUUUUAUUGAUGACAAUGUUACACAAGUAUCUACAGAGAAACAGGAGAUUACGCAUACGGAUUCUCAAAAUUUAGCAUCGUUGACAAAAUCGAGGAAAUUCAGUGUACCUGAUCUACAUUUAAAUACCAAACAAAUUGUAUUAUCUUUAAAGACUGACACUGGAGCAGAAAUUAUUAUCAGUUUAGCAUCGUUAAAUGGAAAUCUGUCGACACUCCUCAGACCAGAUAGGAUAUAUUCAAAUCUGUCCAUAGAUUCUUUCAUUGUAUCUGCUAUCUUAAACGGGAAUAUCAAAGUACUAUUAAAUCCAUGGUGUUGCAAUGUAACGACUUGUUUACUUUGGGAGUCUUCGUACAAUAGCGAGAUCAUUCCACAAAUACAAAUACAGGCAGACAGUGAAAGUUUAUAUCUCGAUUUCGGACCGGAUCAAAUAAAAAUUAUGAAAAUGGUUAUGCAAGACUGCCAGUUGCUCUUAAGCGAGCUCGCUUCGGUAUCUACGAGUGAAAAUAAAAACGAGAAGCAAAUUGUGCUAUCGACUGAACAACACUACAAGGAUGAUCUAAAGGCGGGUGCAUUCCAGUUCGUUGAUGGCACUGCGGAUGAGUUACCUUUUCCGUAUCAAGUGGUAUUUUUUGUUUAUCCUCAACAGGUGAUGGCUUGGAGAUAUCCGCAAUCACGUAUGUUAACAAGGAUACACAUAUCUCCUGUUCCAUUUGAAGCAGUGGAUGCCGACGGUGAUUACAUCGACAAAAUUCCCUGCGUUCUCGAAUAUUGGAGUGAUAGUCACAUGUCGUACCAGCGUUACGCCGAUUUUUAUUUAUCGGAAACGGAUUCCUACCGAUUGGACCUGCCGGAAAAAGCACCGGCGCGAGCGGUAGCUUGCGUGUGGCGCGUAGUUAUCCUAUCCAACGGCAAACGACCGCUCUCAAAAAGCAUCGUUUCCGCUCGUGCUCUCGCUGCCUGUUUGCGCAUCGACUCUUACUUUAAUCCCUUAUUAAUACCGAAUGUUCAAAUCGCUUUAAAUAUCGGCGUUCUCCAUAUAUCUCUGUACAAUCAUAUUGAUACAAGUGUAUAUAAUAAUUUGCCGCCACCACUGGACAAGUAUACUCUAAACGGAAAAAUUCCCGAGAUACAAUGUUUCAUGUCUAUGGAACAAAAGGGAGCUGUUCUGGUGUUUAACAAAUGGAUGGACGAUUCUAUACUGCUCGACAUCGGCGGCAAUUUAAGCGUACACGUAUUGGAUUAUAGUCAUUUGACUAUGCAGGAAGUGCUGGAUGCCCUGGAAGGAAGAUUUCAGCUAUCGUUGUCGGAAAAGAUAGACUUGUCAUUAACGUGCAACCCGUUUACAUUGAAAUUGGGACCAGCGAUAACUCACACUCUUGCAGUUUCUACUCGUUUAUGGCUGGCAUCUUUCGACGAAGAGGAAAAAAGCGUGAUUGUCCUAACGCGUUACGUAAUAGCCAACGAUAGCAAUAUAUCUAUACGUUUUGGUCAAAGUGGUACUGGAGAUAACAUACUUCUUGAGAGCAGGCAGUGUAAUUUUUAUUCUUGGAGACAGAUUGGCAAUCAAAUGAUAAGGAUAUCAAUCGAGGAGAACGUCUGGAUAUGGAGUCGACCUUUUCCUGUUAACAAAGAUGGAGUCCAAGUGAUAGAAUUCAAUAAUUCGAUAACUGGUCCGGUGGUCUUCGUAAAUGUUACAUCGCUUUCUGCCACACAAAAGCUCAUAACAUUCUCGGGGCAACUCGUGAUUUCCAAUCAACUAAUAGAUAAUUUCGAGAUGAGAUUAGUAAAAUACGAGGAAGAAGUUAGCUCUAAGGUAACAAUCUCCAAGGAAGUGUAUAUCAUACCGGGCAAGAGUUUUCCAUCGUCUAUCAUGCUUGAGAAUAACAAAAAAAUGGCUAUGCGGUUACGUUUCACCAACUUGACGCAUUUAUCUUGGACCGGGGACAUUCCAUUGCAAACCAAUGUCAAAUGGGGCCAGCCGUGGCUCGUCAAAGUACCUCUACAAGAACGCGGUCAAUUUUUGAGUAUCUGGGUACGGAUUGUGACGCAAAUGAUACAAGACAAAAUGAAAAUUCUUGCGGUACUGAGUCCCCUGUACAUGAUCAGAUCGCACCUACCAGUACCGGCAAGAGUACAGAUGGAAACACCGUCUCUGAAAAUGUCAUCUAGCACAAUGGUGAACGGUCGUGGUGAGUGUCAACAGCUGUACUGCCCCGGUACAUUUGAGCACUUCCACCAGUUGACGUUUCAAUUGGAAUCUGGAGUCUCCGCGUCGAAUCCUUAUGUGCCGCUUUCGUACAGCUCCGUGGAUCAACGAAAAUUUUUCCGAAGACCUGAGAUCGAGGAUAUCGAUAAAAUUCUGCAAGAACUCAAGGACAGAAAAGAUCAAGUAAAGUGGCCUUUCCAGGGAGACGAUAUUGAGGAGUGGAUAUCUGCAGAACAGCCGCAAACGCAUGUACAAGUGAAAUAUCAGGACGCAGGAUUGGUAUCCAGCACACUGCUGCUAGAACUGCAGCCUUGGUGUUUCAUAAUGAAUUCGUUAGGCUGCCAUAUCUCAUUGGUGUCGGAGGAUACAGAGCUCUGUCAGAUUCCUCACUAUGGCAUAGUCACGCCGCCCAAAUUGGAGAGUACCUUUCACGUGGGUGUCGGAAUCGGCGACACUUACUACACAUCCCAAACGUUGCAAUUGGCGCGACUCGACUGGAGCCAGAGCUUCUACAUGCCUCGAAUCUGCGGUCUCGUCCCGGUGGAGGGAAACAUCAAGACAUUCGUGGAUUGCGGCACGAGUGUGUCCAUCCUAAACAUCGGUUCUUCGAUGCACGAAGAUAUGCGUCUAGUGCGGAUCACAAGCAGCCACGUGAUCGCGAAUCUGACACCUCAAGAAUUGUGCGUGGCCACGCUCGCGGUGCACGAGGAAGCAAGGAAUCUACAGUUGCCCCAUGAUCUCACUCCCUGCAGCUUGAAUAUCUCACCGUCCGAGGAUCAGAGACAGGGUACGCCGAUCGUGCAAUGGUACACGUUGUACACGGAGAGUAAUGUCGAGCCGCUCAUAUUGUACAUAUCUCUUAGUCUCGGCCACAGGUGGUCCUGUCCGAUCAGAGUGGAUCAAGCUAUGAGCCGCAAAUCCGUCGUGAUUCCAAACGGUUCUUCCACUAUGCCGGUCAUCGUAACGACGCAGGAAGACAAAGGUAGCACAUUUGUCGUGAUACACAGCGACGAUCAUCCGCAACUGUUAAUCGAGAACGCCUGCGGCUUCAAGAUCCUGCUGGGACAAGCCGAUGAAAAAGGGAAUGAGAUAUUACCGGAUAGCGUUCAUUUCACAUGGAUAUGCGAAGUCGAUAGUGGAGCAAUGUCCCACUAUUCUCUUCCCUGUGUCAGUAAUAGAUUACCCGACACUACGGUUCCGAGCGUUAAAGCAAAUUUAAAGUGGUCAAGAGGCGUAAAUCUGUCUGCGUUGUCAUCUACACCAAUAGAUCAGUAUCUGCGAUUACCUUCGUACGGUGAUGUAAAGCUUAUAAUGCAUAAUCGCUGCUACACCACUCACAUAAGCAUCGUGCCUAUCUCCCAAAUUGAAAUAUCCGCUCAAGACAUUAGGAGCAGAUUGUUACGAAAAAAGAGCACGGCGAAGGAUCACACCAUAUACAAUAAUCCUCCUUCACUGAAGAGACUAGAAGAAGAUAAGCUGUUACUGUAUGUACAAAGUUCGAGUAGCUCAACAUCGUUAACGAGCUUCUUCUCAGCCCAAGAAGAUAUUUUGACGACGGAACAAAUACCCUUGAGCAAUUCAAAGCAAUUGGUUUCGAAGAUGACGGAUACAAAAACUUGCACUAACGAAGAUCGAUUGAAAUCUACCGAUGACACUAAUUCAACUCAUUCGAAGGAAGGUUCUGCAAUCAUUUACCUGCGUGCUUGCACUAUCGUUAUCCUUCAUGAUAUCAAUGAAAACGCACAAAGGAUCGAAGUCGCCAGUCUGUCUAUGACAGACUUAGUCAUGACUGUAAAUUCAAAAGCCAGAUUUAUUAAUCUCGAUUGUUACAUAGGCGAUUUGCAGUUAGAUAAUCAAUUAUUCGAUCAGGGAGGUUUCGAUUUCCCCGUAGUAUUAAUAAAUCAAAAUCCGUUGCCGAACAGAGAAAUGGCAUUUUACAGCAAUAACUGUUUAAUAACGAAUAUGGAAAAGAUCAAACAAGAUUCUUUGAUAGCCAUCGAGUAUGUCUGGGAAAUAAAUGAAAAUAUCAUAGCAUCAAAGGAAUAUCGCAUGAAGAUUGCAUCUAUUAGUGCAUACAUUGAGGACACAUACAUAACGCAAUUAUUAGAUUACGCGACUUCGAUGAUACCACCGCGACUAGUUCUGGGUGACAAUCUUAAAAAGAUGCAAACAAUAGCUGCGUUGAACGCAGUGUACAUACCAGAGUAUAUCAUGAUCGAUUCAAAAAUCUUAAGCAAACCACUAAGAUUGCAAAACUUCGUGAUAGAACCGCUAUCAAUUUUAUUGAGCGUUCACACUUCUAUGCGACUCUACGUUGCUUUAGAUCAUUCUCCACUGUACUUCGGUACCUUCGAAAGGAAGAACUUGCUGACCACUCCUUACAGGCUUGGCAAUGCACUUACCAUGCAUUAUUUAUCUGGUGCUAUAUUCGGAGCAGGUUGGGUAGUUGGAUCAUUAGAGAUACUUGGAUCACCGGGAGGUUUGGCGCAAGCACUUGGAUCCGGUCUUAGAGACUUUGUUUCAUUACCAUUCCAAGGACUAUUACAAGGCCCAUGGGGUUUUAUCGUUGGAAUUACACACGGAUCAGCCAGCUUGAUGAAACAUGUCACAGCAGGUACUGUAAAUUCCGUAACGAAAUUGGCAUCUAGUGUCGCACGAAACUUGGAUCGUCUAACAUUGGAUGAGGAACAUCUUCAGCGACAAGAGGAGUCGCGCAGAAUGCGUCCUCAAGGCAUGGCACAAGGACUUUAUCAAGGCUUAACUGGUCUUGGAAUGAGUCUGCUUGCGGCUGUGGCGGGCUUGGCACAUCAUCCUUUGCAGCAAGUGUGGUCAGGCGAAGCGACGACCAAAAGUUUAGUCACCGGAGUUGGACUCGGUUUAGUUGGCGUCGUUACUAAACCAUUGAGCGGUGCCGCGGAGUUGGUUGCUCUUACAGGUCAAGGAUUACUGCAAGGAGCUGGAUGGAAUUCAUUGCCCACACCACGUCAGAGACCAAUCGUGCAGUACACUACUGGCAAUAAUAGCACAUCUGUACGGUAUACUUGGCGCUUGUCACCUUUACUCGAUCACUUUAAUCACAGUCCCGACAGUAUCCUUCACGUAACCAGCGCAGACUACGUGAUUCAUCAAGGCAGUAAUCGCGCAGUGACGCUCGUCCUCACACGACAAGCUUUAUUACUCGUUAAUAUGGCGGAGGACAGUGUAGAACGGAUAUUUUCGCUGAAAGAACUAACAAGUGUCGAUCAUAUCACAGAAUCGACGAUGUUGUGCUUAUAUUGUCCACCAACAGCAAUACAAUUAAGCAGACCGUUAUCACCGGCUGAACACGAGAUGAAUCAAGAAAUGAGAGCACGUGUUGAGGAAUAUGUGCGGACAAGUAGCACUGGUUUGGCCAGUGUAUCAACCAAUAGUGACAAGCAGUCUGAUACUUUUGAGAGAGCAUCCCCACAUCCAGAACAUACCCUUACGUUUUACGUUUGCCCAGACACUCGUAAUUAUUUAUUAUCGCUGUUCAACGUUGCCAAGCGACAAAAUCAAGGUUCCGGUUUCACCGUUUUAUAAUCAAACGUAUGUUCAGACGGUUAUAAUUAAGUGCAAUGACUGAGAAAAUAUUCCAAAUAUUACUAUAUGUCAAAACAAAUGCAUUCAAACUCAAUAGUUUU